AUGGAUUUCGCGAAUAGCAGAAUGGGUUUUGGAUGGGUGGUCCGGGAUGAUGCCGGGGUCAUUCACGGAGUGGUUAUGCGAACUGUUGAAGGCCUUUUUUCUGUUCGUGAGGCGGAAGCUAUGGGAGCAAGGGAAGCUCUCAGUUGGAUAAAAGGCAGGGGUUGGCAGCAUGUGAUUGUUGAGACUGAUGCACAGGUUGUUGCAAAUGCGGUUCAGACCGGGGGCAAUUAUACUCCCUUCGGUGGUUUAAUUGAUGAGAUCUGUGAGCUUUUGCAUCAGUUUGAGUCGGCUUCUCUUGUUUUUAUUAGUCGAAAAUUUAAUAUGCCAGCACAUGUUAUAGCUAAGCGAUCGCUGUCUAUGGUAGGCGUUGAGUUUUGUGAGCUUUUUGAUUCUAUUCCCCGGUGUUUGGCCGGUCUUGUUUGUUUGAACUCUGUUUUGGCUUAA